AUGGGCAGAUUCAUUCGGCUAGGAGCUCUUGCUUGCUUGUACUUGGGGGCGGAGUCCAAGGCACUGAGAUGGCAGGAUGAUACCCCGAGUUGGUCUCCUCCCAAGCAGACUAUUGCCGCCAUGGACAUGUUGGAGCUUGGUUUCAGUCCUGCGCCGACGGCGGCACCUGAUCCGGGUAACGUUGAGCUCAAGCUGGCCAAGCGUGUAAGGGGUGACGACACUUGCGGUUACAUCUCUGGAAUAUCCACCGAUUCAAUUUACUGUGAUGUUGGAACAUGCGUGAUCAACAGCUUCUACUCUGUUGUGGGAUGCUGCGGUUCGACCAGCAUGUCGGACUGCAAGCUGCCGACGGCCUGUCUUCCAUCAAGCUCAUCCAGACUGUACAGCAGCGCAGAUACUCUUAUGCUAUACUGCUCUUCUUCAGGACGACCAGAGUGCAACACAUACGUCUACUCUGAUUCUGUAUUUUCCAAGUACACUCUCUUCAACUGCGCCGUCACCGAGGCUCGGAUCAUCGUCUACGCAAACCCAACAGAUACUACCGGCGACGCCACCACUGAAGCGACCACAGCCCCGACCUCUGAUCGCACCACCGGUGGUUUGUCCCCUGUCACCAGCUCCGCCUCUCCGAGCGCGGCCACGACCUCCGCCGCAUCACACGGCGGUGGCUCGUCCACCCCCAUUGGUGCCAUUGUCGGUGGCGUCGUCGGAGGGUUGGCAGUAAUCGCCCUAAUCGCCGUCGGCAUAUUCUUCAUCCUCCGCAGCAAGAAGAAGAACAACCAGAACCACCCCCAGGCCGCUCCGGGCACGUAUAACCCGCAACAGCCCCCGCCAGGCCAGCAGCCGCAGAUGUAUCAGACGGCGCCGACGCAGCAACAGCAGCCUUCUCCCGGAGGCUACGCGCCCGCGCCCACCACGCCCGGCAACUUCCCGUCCGGCUUCACGCCCGUGGAUAACAGGCAGAGCAUGCUGAAGCAGCCGUACGACGUCAGCGCAGCGAGCUACGAUCACAACAAUGGCGUCAGCCCGCCCGCCAGCCCACCUCCCAUGAGCCCGUCGCCGACGUACCAGUCCGGUAUUCCGGCGUAUGCGCAGCAGGGGAGCGGACCUAGUCCGACGCAGGGCGGAUAUCCUGCGCCACAGCAGCAGCAACAGCAGCAGUCACCGCAACAGUUUUACAACGCGCCGCCGCCGGCCCAAACGCAGCAGCACACGACGUCGACUACAUCCCAGACCCACUACCACCACAACAGCUUCGCUUCUGAAUUGCCUGCUGCGAGGGGAGACGGCGAAUUGCGCGAGUUGGCUUAA